AUGGAACGAGCAUGGUUGCUGCUCCUGCUGACUAUAAAGUCGCUCUCAGUGACCGCACAAUUCAAUGGAUACAACUGUGAUGCCAACCUACACAGUAGGUUUCCUGCGGAAAGAGAUAUCAGUGUCUACUGUGGAGUACAGGCAAUUACUAUGAAGAUUAACUUUUGCACUGUCCUUUUUUCUGGUUAUUCUGAAACCGAUUUGGCAUUAAAUGGGAAACAUGGGGACUCUCAUUGCAGAGGAUUUAUAAACAACAACACAUUUCCAGCAGUGGUCAUAUUCAUCAUCAAUCUUAGCACUUUGGAAGCCUGUGGAAACUCUUUGAUGGUGACCUCAGUUCCAGGAAUUAAUGCAUAUGGCAAUAUAUCUACAGUUCAGAUAGGUAAUGUUUCAGGAUAUAUAGACACCCCAGACCCACCAACGAUCAUCAGCUAUUUACCAGGACUUCUGUAUAAAUUUAGUUGUAGCUAUCCUUUGGAAUACCUAGUCAACAAUACACAACUUGCUUCGUCAGCAGCUGCUAUAUCUGUAAGAGAGAACAAUGGUACAUUUAUUAGCACUUUGAAUUUGCUCCUUUACAAUGACUCUACAUACAGCCAACAGCUGAUUAUCCCUACUACAGGUUUACCUUUGAAAACAAAAGUUUUUGCAGCUGUGAGAGCAACAAACCUGGAUGGAAGAUGGAAUGUUUUGAUGGACUACUGCUAUACUACUCCAUCUGGAAAUCCAAAUGAUGAUCUGCGAUAUGAUCUCUUCUUUAGCUGUGACAAGGACCCUCAGACGACUAUAAUUGAAAAUGGCAGGAGUCAGAUGGGCCGGUUUUCUUUUGAAGUGUUCCGCUUCGUGAAGCACAAGAACCAGAAAAUGUCCACCGUUUUUCUUCAUUGUGUGACAAAGCUGUGCAGAGCUGAUGACUGCCCCUUUCUUGCUCCUAUAUGCAGUUACAGAAAAAGAAGAGAUGUGGCAAAGAGAACCACUUGGAGCCCUCAGAGCACUUCUGGAAGUGCUGUAAUCACUGCUGGCCCCAUCAUUACCAGGACCGAUGAGACCCCAACCAACAAUUCACAACUCGGCAAUCCAAACGGGUCCACUUUUCAACUGAACUCAGUCACCAGCGCAUUGAUUUCAGGAAUAGUAAUUCUAGGAAUUAUGAGCACCAUUUUUUUCAUAUUCUCCCUCCUCCUGCUCCAUAGAAAGUGGCCCAGCAAUAGUCCAGUUUUGAGCGGUGUACGAAACCCAGUUUUUAACUAGAAGGAACAAAUCAUUUGGACUUUCUCUGUGGGACUGCCAUGAAAUAUGUUUCCUUCCUGUGUCACCACGGCAGCAUUCUGCCACUUUCAGAUUCCAGCUAUUCUUACCGGUAGCCUUAUAAAUGCUAUUGUAUAGAUGAUACUAAACAGUAAAGAUAAUGCUUGUUCUUUUUCAAUUAUGAAUGUAAGUAUGUCAACAAUCAAGCUAUUUGAGAUGUUGCCAAU